AUGUCAGAAACCAAUUUCAGAUCCGCGGCAUCUCAUUCCAAAUCUCUGGUACACGGCGAUAGGAAGACGGAGGUGAACCCAUUCGAGAAAUCAUUUGGACUGCAGUUUAAUCCUGGUCUCAGUGGGAGUACUGUUGCCUCAGCCGCCGCCGCCAAUGUCUCCAGCGCCGCCACAAACGCCAGCAACCCGCAAAUGCCUUUGUUCACACCAGGCAUCAACAGCCUGCUUAAAUCAUUCGAUGGCAGCGAAAAUAUGUCUUUUACCCCAUUUCUAAACGAUAACUAUCCAUCCGAACAAACAUCACAGCCACAAUCACAGCCACAGCCGCCGCAGCUGCAGAUCGAUCAAAUAGCUCCCCCUUUCCAACAGCACCAACAGUACGCACAAGCAUACCCACCUCGAGACACAGACAAAUCCCCAAUUCAAAACACAUUUCCAGAAGGCGGCAAAACGAGACCCAAGAGAAGUCAAUCAGAAACUACAUCUGACGACAGCGACGAGUAUGUGUACGCAGAAAAGCACCCUAGACGGAAGAACAGUAGUGGGAGUCCAAACAGCGCGUCCAAUCAUAAACCUUGGCGUGAUAUAGAUCUCGGCGACGAAUCUCCACAGCUGAUCAAGCCAGUUGGAAGAGCUGGGAAUCCCUCGCUUUACAUUAGCGAGGAUGGUAAAGAGCUCAGCCAUGAAGAACGCAAGCAACUCAUGCUCAAUAGGAACAGAGAAGCUGCGUCGAGAUGUAGACAGAGAAAAAAACUAUGGAUCAAUCAGGUGCAAGAUCAGGCUGAUAGCUUGCAAAACGAAAAUAACAGCCUCAAGAAGGAAAUUUUGCAGUACAGACAACAGACGCUCGAACUGAGAGAAUAUUGCGCUGAACUUAAACUGUCUAUCGCCAACAAUAACACAUCUUCAUAA